CCUUCUUCCAAAGCAUCUCGAGGUGGUGUGUGUGAACUGUGAAAGUAGAUGAACGUUUAGUCCAUUAUCUCCACUUCUAUAUUACACCAASUUUGAUUUACAAGGACUGACCCUUUUACUAAAUCACAGCUGAGAAGAAUUACAGUCUAAAAAUGGCAAAAUUCGUCCGCGCUUCACACUUUCGCCACAUCUUCGGUACUAACCCAAAGAGAGAAGAAAUCUACGACAAYGUCAGGGUUUCCGAAAACUCUUGGGAAGGUUCUCCAAUUGCUGCUGUGAAUCCAAAGUUCCUUGCAGUGUGCCUGAAGUCCGCUGGUGGAGGAGCUUUUCUGGUGUUGCCUCAUGAUAAGACUGGUCGUAUUGAACAAGAUGCGCCAAGAGUAGUUGGCCACAAAGGAGAUGUACUAGACAUCCAAUGGAAUCCGUUUAAUGAUAACAUGAUUGCUUCAAGCUCAGAGGAUAUGAGGAUUAUGAUAUGGGAGAUUCCAGACACUGGACUCAGUGCAAAUUUAACCAAACCACUUUUGACCCUYGAAAAUCAUCAACGCCGAGUGGGCAUCAUAAGAUGGCACCCCACUGCAGAGAACAUUUUAUUGAGUGCUAGUCAUGACAACAAGAUAUGCAUUUGGAACCUUGAAAGUGGAGAAUGUAUAUCUGAGAUUGAUUGCCACCCUGACACAAUUUUCUGUGCAGACUGGAACUUUGAUGGAAGUUUGAUCGCAACGACCUGUAAAGACAAAAAUCUUCGAAUUAUUGAUCCAAGAAGUGGUGAGGUCAAAAAGGUAGCUAAAGGACAUGAAGGUGGCAAACCACAACAAAUUGCUUUCCUUGGUGAGACCAAUGCCCUUUUUACCACUGGCUUCUCAAAGAUGAGUGAGAGACAAUAUGCUGUUUGGAAUAAAGACUUGGAGCAACAAACUCAAGAAGACAUUGAUCAGUCAAAUGGAGUACAGUUUAUUCGAUAUGAUGCUGAUAUCAACAUUGUUUGGCUUAUAGGAAGGGGUGAUUGUAUUAUACGAUACUAYGAAGUGAAGUUGGGCACUGUUGCCAAUCCAACUUAUGAAUGUUUCUGGCUGGCUAACUACACUGGCAAAGAAUCACAAAGAGGUUUUGGUUUCAUGCCAAAGAGAGGUUGUGAUAUCAGCAGGAAUGAGGUUGCAAAGAUCUUUAGGUGUACAAAGACGAAUGUACAACCUGUCUCGUACACGGUUCCAAGAAAGUCUGAACUCUUCCAAGCUGACAUUUUUCCAGACACCAAAGGUGACGAGCCAUCACUAACUGCUGAGGAAUGGGAGGAGGGUAAAAAUGCUCCACCAAAACUUAUCCCUUGUGAGCCUAUGUUCCAUGGCAAUAAAGGAACUACAAAAGGUGAAACCAAAAAGAAGACCRUUGGUCUUGGAGGGCUUAAAAAACCAGGRGCCAAGAAACCAACUCCAGGAGCAGCAAAAGAAGAGGAGGUUGAUGUCGCCAAGCUUUUGGCAACCGUCAAAACCUUAACAGAAAAAGUCCAACACUUAGAGAAAACCUCUGCAGAUUUUGAGAAGAGAUUACAGCAAUUGGAAGGGAAAUCAGACCAACCUGAAGAUGAUGGCUAUGAUGAGGAGUAGCUUGUCCAUUUUCUACCAAGAAYGAGUCUAAUUUUCUACUAAAUUGUUAAAAUAAAAGCCCAGAAACUCUCUUAAGGCUUCCAAAGAAAAUGUGUUUUGACAUUUUGUAAUAACUAAUGCUUUGUGUACAAUGUAAAAAUUUUCAUCACUCCAAUGAUAAGUUGACGAGAUCAUUAUGAAGAAAUUAAAGUAAACAAAAAGAUGCUUUA